AUGGCCGUGUGUGGCGUCCACCUCGGCUCCGACUGGCGCUCCUACUUCUGCUGCGACUGUAACUUCGACUACGCGCUCGACUCCGAGGUCGACUUCGAACUCGACUGCGAGAUCGGCUGUGGGAGCGGCUGCGGCUGCGGCUGCGACUAUAGUUCGCAUCGUAGUCAUAUCUGGGAGGAGAUCGGUAGCUUUCACGGUCUCUGUCUCUGUCUCUGUAGCCACCUUCCCAGCCCCGGUAGCGCCCCGGGUGCGGCGGCGGCGAUCGAGAUGACUGUCUGUAGGGUUCCCAAUCCCUACUGCCACGAUAUUCGUCUGCGCUGUCUUCUCGCCUCCUGUCAGCCGUCCAGGCAUCUUGGGCGUCACGGUCACGGUCACGGUAAUACAUGUCUGGGUCCUAUCAGCACAGGCUCGGAGCCGCAAUACAACAAAUACAAAGAAAAGGGAAGAAAAGCGAGAAGCUGA